UGUUGACAGCCUUUCCAAGCGUCAUGUGACACCCGGAAGAUGGAAGUGACAACAAACUGAGGAUGCUUUGACUCCUUUUGGAUUUUGUCCCCACACUUACUGGAAAUACAAUGGCUUCAAUUCUUAAAGAAACGCAGAGCAUCAAGGAAGCGGUGACUCUCAUCAAUGCCAUAGAUGUGAACAAGUUCUCCAGAUUGAUCUCUCGCAUCAUCCAAAAACUUCAUCUGAAGGGAGAACGACCAUUUAGCGAAGAGGAGGAACAAAAACUUCAAACGGCCCUUUCGAUGGACAAACAGGCUCUCAACUUAGUUCUGGAAACGUCCGCAUUCGUUCUCGAACAAGCGGUGUACCAUAAUGUGAAGCCAUCCUCUCUGAAGCAGCAGCUUCAGGGGAUCAGCAUGAACCCCGACAAGGCCGAGGCCUUCUCUCAAACGUGGUCCACCUCUGGCCCCGAGCUGGUGGACCGACUAAAGCGCAAUAUCUUUUCCCCCAAGAAGCUGGAUUUCGUCAGCUGGCAGUUGAACCUGCAGAUGGCCCAGACCAGCCAAGCCAGACUCAAGUCCCCCAAUGCCGUACUCCAACUGGGCCUCCACAAUGAAGACUCUCAGAUGGAAUCAUCCUCCUGCACUCUCCCCAACCAUCCACUAAGCUGGAGCUUCUGAAUCAGCUCUGCUCCGAGUUGCUGAGAUAGCAUUGCCCUUAAACUGCUCCACCUGUCAUUUCCCCCAUUCUGACAGCCAAAUGUGCCAGCCUCAUCAAGGAGCUCAGGCUUUUGCCCUUUUCAAUAAUUCAUCACACAUAUUUGCAGGGUGGAGUAAAGGUUUGUCCAUAGCCGUUUCCUCUACAAAGGCGCAUUUCUUCUAAUUGGAGUGUCCCUUUUGGUAACGCCCAAAUGUCAUUAGCGGAGGGGCCAAAUGCCACAUGCUGUUUGAGGCUAUGCCAUUGAUUGGAAAUGGCAAGGUGAAAUGUGACUCGAGUGACACGGAGGAAGAGUUGCAAUGAAACUUGAAUAUAAGCAUGCGCAAAUUUGAUUUCCUACUAUUUGUUUCCAUGCAUUUACUUUGGUUGUUGCCUGCGCACUCCGCACAACUCAUCACCAUCCAAAGAGACUUUGAGCCCCGUGUUGCCUCUUGCCAUCUCCAGCUCUGCAUAAUGCAACGGCGUAAUAGCCGCAGUUCUUCUUGUGCUGCUAAUUAGAGAUUAUACAAAUGCUCACGCUUGUAGACACACAAGCGCGUGAUAGGCGCAGGUACAAACAUGCAAAUACAGCCGCAACUCCGCCGAGCGAUUUAAUUACAAAGUCUAAUUUCUGUGUAGUUGUAAAUUAUUUAUGAAGGUGUGUUGAUAAAGUCACAUUGACCUUCCUCUAAUGAUGCUCCUCACAUACACACAGGCUGUUGUAAAAAGUGCAUCUCACCGCCAUCUACAUCGCUCCCCCCCCCCCGGCUGUGACUUAGCACUGUCUCGACUCCUUAACGUUUAUAUUCAUUUUUAUCUUCAAUAAUGUGUUGCUAACCAAAUAAAAUGAAAACAAGCUACA